UUUGGGCUGUUUUUAGGGUUUUGGGGUGUCUCUCUGCAGGUGUUCCGCUCCGGGGAGGGGAUGGGGAUCCGCCUGGACGGGGCCUCGGCGUUCCAGGGCGCUCUGAUCUCCCCGCACUACGACUCGCUGCUGGUCAAGGUGGUGGCCCACGGGCCGGACCAGCCGGCGGCCGCAGCCAAGAUGAGCCGGGCCCUGGCCGAGUUCCGCAUCCGGGGGGUCAAGACCAACAUCCCGUUCCUGCAGAACGUUCUGGCUCACCCGCAGUUCCUGGCGGGCGCGGCCGACACUCAGUUCAUCGACGAGAACCCCGAGCUCUUCCACCUGCGCCCGGGGCAGAACCGCGCCCAGAAACUGCUGCACUACCUGGGUCACGUGAUGGUGAACGGGCCCAGCACCCCCCUGCCCGUGAAGGCCAAGGCGGCGCUGGUGGAGCCCACCCCCCCCCCCCGGUGCCCAUGGGUGACCGUCCCCGCUGUCCCCCCAGGAGCCCCCCCGGCGGGGCUGCGUGCGGUGCUGCAGCGGGAGGGUCCCGGGGGCUUUGCGCGGGCGCUGCGGCGGCACCGGGGGCUGCUGCUGACCGACACCACCUUCCGCGACGCCCACCAGUCCCUGCUGGCCACGCGCGUCCGCACGCGGGACCUGGCCCGGGUGGCGCCGUUCGUGGCCCACGCGCUCAGCCCCCUCUGCAGCCUGGAGACCUGGGGAGGUGCCACCUUUGACGUGGCCAUGCGGUUCCUGCACGAGUGUCCCUGGGAGCGGCUGCGGGAGCUGCGGCGCCUCGUCCCCAACAUCCCCUUCCAGAUGCUUCUGCGCGGCGCCAACGCCGUGGGCUACACCAACUACCCCGACAACGUCGUGCACCGGUUCUGCGAGGUGGCGGUGGCCAAUGGCAUGGACAUCUUCCGCAUCUUCGACGCCCUCAACUACGUGCCCAACCUGCUGCUGGGCGUGGAGGCCGCGGGCAACGCCGGCGCCGUGGUGGAGGCCGCGCUGUCCUACACCGGCGACGUGGCCGACCCCGCGCGCACCAAGUACGGCCUGGACUAUUACCUGGGGCUGGCCCGCGAGCUGGUGGCCGCCGGGACACACGUGCUGUGCAUCAAGGACAUGGCGGGGCUGCUGACCCCCGCGGCCGCGCGGCUGCUGGUGGGGGCCCUGCGGGAGCAGCACCCCGAGGUGCCCCUGCACGUCCACACCCACGACACGGCCGGCGCCGGCGUGGCCUCCAUGCUGGCCGCGGCCCAGGCCGGCGCCGACGUGGUGGACGUGGCCGUGGACGCCAUGUCCGGCAUGACCUCCCAGCCCAGCAUGGGCGCCGUGGUGGCCUGCGCCCGGGGGACACCGCUGGACACAGGCAUCUCCCUGGAGCGGGUGUUCGAGUACAGCGAGUACUGGGAGGGGGCGCGGGGUCUCUACGCCGCCUUCGACUGCACGGCCACCAUGAAGUCGGGGAACGCCGACGUGUACGAGAACGAGAUCCCGGGGGGGCAGUACACCAACCUGCACUUCCAGGCCCACGCCAUGGGGCUGGGACACAAGUUCAAGGAGGUCAAGAAGGCCUACACCGAGGCCAACAAGCUGCUGGGGGACCUCAUCAAGGUGACGCCGUCGUCCAAGGUGGUUGGUGACCUGGCGCAGUUCAUGGUGCAGAACGGGCUGUCCCGCGCCGAGGUGGAGGCGCGGGCGGACGAGCUCUCCUUCCCCCAGAGCGUGGUGGAAUUCCUGCAGGGACACAUCGGGGUCCCCCCGGGGGGCUUCCCCGAGCCCUUCCGCUCACGGGUGCUGAAGGACCUGCCGCGGGUGGAGGGGCGCCCGGGGGCGUCGCUGCCGCCGCUGGAUUUCGAGGCGCUGGGGCGGGAGCUGGGGGCGCGGCACGGGGCCCCCCCCAGCCCCGAGGAGCUGCUCUCGGCCGCGCUCUACCCCAAGGUCUACGACGAGUUCCGCACCUUCAGCAGCACCUUCGGGCCCGUGGCCUGCCUGGGCACCCUCUUCCUCGAGGGGCCCGCCAUCGCCGAGGAGUUCGAGGUGGAGCUGGAGCGGGGGAAGACGCUGCACAUCAAGGCUCUGGCGCUGGGGGACCUGAACGCGGCGGCAGCGCGAGGUUUCUUUGAGCUCAACGGGCAACUGCGCUCCAUCCUCGUCAGGGACACGCAGGCGCUCAAGGAGAUGCACGUGCACCCCAAGGCCGAGAAAGGCGCCAAGGGCCAGGUGGGGGCCCCGAUGCCGGGGGAGGUGGUGGAGGUCCGGGUCAAGGAGGGGGCCACGGUGGCCAAGGGGGACCCCCUGUGCGUCCUCAGCGCCAUGAAGAUGGAGACGGUGGUGACGGCGCCCGUGGGGGGCAAAGUCACCAAGCUCCACGUGCGCCCCGGGCUCAGCCUGGAGGGCGAGGACCUCAUCGCCGUCAUCGAGUAGUUUUUGCGGGGGGGGAUUCCCCCCUCA